AUGCCUCCGAAGAAGACUGCCGCCGCGACGAAGAAGACUGGCACCGCCAGCUCUCACCCACCCUACCAAGACAUGAUCAAGGAGGCCGUCAUCAACCUCAAGGAGAGAAAUGGAUCAAGCCGUCAAGCGAUCAAGAAAUACGUGCAGGCCAACAACAACCUCAGCGGCGUCUCCGAUGCUGCCUUCACCACCCAGCUCAACAGAGCGCUCUCGAAGGGCUCCGAGAGCGGUGUGUUCGCACGCCCGAAAGGCGCCUCUGGCCCGGUGAAGCUCGGUGGACCUAAGACGGCCGAGACUAAGCCGGCAGCUACCAAGAAGGCACCCGCCGCUGCUGCUAAGAAGACCACCGCUACGAAGACCUCCGCCACCAAGAAAGCACCGGCGAAGAAGACUGCUACCAAGGCCGCGACGACGAAGAAGGCUCCAGCCAAGAAGGCCACUGCGACCAAGAGCAAGGCCAACACCAGCAAGGUCCGCAAGACUCCUGUUGCUGCCCCCGCCGUCGAAGACAAGCCACCAGUCGUGCUCGGCAAGACCAAAUCCGGCCGCGUCACCAAGAGCAAGGCACCAGUCGCAGAGGCCAAGAAGGUUGCGCCCAAGAAGGCCGCCGGCCGGAAGGCACCCGCAAAGAAGGCAAAGGCGACGCCGAAGAAGUGA